CCCACCCCGGCCUGCGCUCGUCCUGACGUCGUCCACAGCGCUCCGGGUUUGCCCUUCCUAUAAGUACUACUCCUCGAGCUCAACGCAGGCUUUCCCAUACCUGUCUUGCACAGCCAUGUCUUCUACACCCCCCAAGCCUCCCGCGAUGCAGUCUCCCCAGCAGUCCGCGUCUACCGCCACCGACCAAUCCCCGUUCUCGACCUGGGACAAGUCGACCAAAUAUGGGUCCACUGGUAGGACGGACUCGCCGGUCGUUUCGGCUGAGCAUUCCUCGUCUAGCGAGACCGGUGAUAUGGACAUUGUCCCGCCUUACCACCCCGCGCGCACCCUUGUCCUGUGCUUUGAUGGGACGGGCGACCAGUUCAACACUGACAACUCGAAUGUGGUCGCGUUCUUCAGCAUGCUGAAGAAGGACGACCGCAACGAGCAAAUGGUCUACUAUCAGUCAGGUAUCGGGACUUACACGUCUCCACAAGUGGCCUCGCCACUCCGCCAAAAGGUCGACAAACUCCUCGACGAUAUGGUGGCGUGGAAUCUCAAAUCCCACGUCCAAGGUGGAUAUGAAUUCCUGAUGCAGAACUACCAAGCUGGCGACAAGAUCUGUCUGCUCGGUUUCUCGCGCGGUGCCUAUACCGCUCGCGCUCUCGCCGGUAUGGUGCACAAAGUUGGGCUUCUGCCGGCGUGUAACCACCAACAAGUUCCGUUCGCCUAUAAAAUGUUCGCGCGAGACGACGACGAGGGCUGGAAGCAGUCCAAUGCGUUCAAAAAGGCGUUCAGUAUCGACGUCGACAUUGACUUCAUCGGCGUAUGGGAUACCGUCUCCUCCGUCGGCGUCAUCCCCCACACGCUCCCCUUCACAUCCUCCAACACCGCGAUCCGCGUCUUCCGGCACGCGCUCUCCCUGGACGAGCACCGCGCGCGCUUCCAGCCGAACCUCUACCAGCACCCGACCAAGCACCAGGCAUCGCGCGGCACGAAGCCGGGCGACAUGCCGAAGAGGGACACCGAAUACGCGACGCGCGUUGGGGUCCGCCCUGCCAAUGGCGCGCACAAGAGGACCGACAGCGAGUAUCGCAAGCAGCGCCGGCUGGAGCGGCAGUUCAGCGAUGGGGACCCGGACUCGGACGGCUCGACCGACGUGCUCGAGGUCUGGUUCGCCGGGUGCCACUGUGAUGUCGGCGGCGGCUCCGUCGCAGACUCCGUCGAGCACACGCUCGCCCGCAUCCCGCUCCGCUGGAUGAUCCGCGAAUGCUUCAAGACGAACACCGGCAUCCGCUUCCACGGCGAGCUCCUCAAGCGCAUCGGGCUCGACCCCAAGGCGCUGCACCCCGUCGUGCUCGAGCGCCCGCCCGCCGUGCAGCCGCAGCCGGCGCUGCACCUCUCGAGCGUCGCGCCCCCAGUGCCGCUCACGACGGAGGAGGAGCACGAGGUGCGCGACGCGCUGUGCCCGCUGUACGACCAGCUCGCGCUCGCGCCGUACUGGUGGGCGCUUGAGAUCUUGCCGAUGAAGAGAAGGUGGCAGGGGCCUGCCCCGGAGCAUAAGGAGAUGCAUGUCUUUGGGGCGAAUCUAGGGUAUGGGCGCGUCGUGCCGAAGCACCAUGAGCCGUUUUAUGUGCACCGGAGCGUGAAGCUGCGGAUGGAGACGCCAGAUAUUGAGGGUGGGCCGUACAAGCCCAAGGCGCAGUAUGCGAACGAGCCGAUCUGGGUCGACUGAGCUCUGCGUGGUGGAGAGUGCGGUUGAACGUUGGACAUUCAAUGUCUGCAUAUGCUCAUCUUGUCCUGUCACGCCAUAUGUUUGCUACCAUCUUGUGGCCUUCGGUGUACUUGCAAUCAUGUAUCGUACUGUGUAUAUAGUAAUGCUUGCUUUGUCCUCCU